GCUAAGGUUUCGUGUGAAAUAUAGAAAAUUGGAUGCCAAAGCUGCCGGAAUUUGAAGGCCAAGAACGCAAGCGCAGCGACUUUUCGCCCCUUCUCUCUGUUUUGGCUUUCCUUUGCCAUUCCGGUUCCCGUUCCGUUCCGGUCCGGAUGUACCGCUGCGCAUCACGCAUUUCAUAAGCUCAGCACGUGCAUUUUCAUAUUUGUUUCUUUUUUUUCAUAAUGGACGCGAAAAUGCCUCAUUCCUUGACAUCAGUGGUCAGACCGUGUAGCCGAGGACGGGUGGAGUUCACCUUGAGGCAGUUAUUUGCAGGAGUCGAAAACUGCCACCAAAAUCGCCCGUUCACCUGGUCAGCCUUUCAAAAUACGAUCUUGAGGUCACGGCUGCGCGGCAGGAUUAGUGGCCCACUGUCUCAUCUGACAAUCGACAAGGUAACCAGUAUUCUGCAGGAUAUAACCACGCAGCACCUGAAGGUAGAGGAAAUGAUCGCUUUGCAGGUUGUGGUCUGCAUUCUGUACUUGCUGCCCUCCUCGCAUCUGUACGAGGGCGAUCACAGCAAACAGAAGGCCAGAGAACUGGUGAGGAGCAGCUACAGGCUCAUCCCCACGCUGGACCCGAUGAUGGUACAUCACAUGACCAACCGGCUGGUGAACCACUUUGCCAUGCGCCAUCGCACCCCCUCGUUGCCUUGCAAACAGAUCUUGAUCCACCUGGCCAAUAUGCUUUGGAGGCAAAGCGGUGCGGGUCGGGCGGUGUCUGUAUGCCUGCUCUGGUGCAUCAUCUUUGCAGCUGCCCAAGUGGCCCCCGAAAUCUAUCAGUUCCACGAUCUGAGUGAGCUACCGCAUCUGUUGGAAAUGAUCGAUGUGGAUAACUUGAGCCUGAAGCGCAUUGAGCAGGUGUCGGUUGGCGUUGCUCUUUUGCUCUACCGGCAACUCUGCUGCCCCGAUCUUGACGAGUUCCUUAACAGCGGCUACCUACCAUUAUACUUUCGUAUCCUACCGGAGGAUGUCCUGAAGAUAAGUAACUGGCUAGAACGAGCGCUGCAAAACCAUCGCCGUUGCGGACUCGCGGCGCGUCGCCUGAAGAAUUCUCUGGAAUAUCUGAAAGAGAACUCUGCCCAGUGGUGUCUGCAGUGUCGUAAUCCUCAGACUAGGUCCGAUUCCGGAUUGGGGCCGGAGCAAUGGCCAAAGACCUGCGUGCUCAGUCUUAUACGCAAAAAGUAG